UGGAUAAGAGUGUCUCCCUAAUAAAGAUGAGACAUUUACUUGCUGAGGCCAGAAGGGAUGUGAAAGUGUUCUGAGGUCUAUUGGCAUCAUCCAAGGGCUAGGAUAGCCCUGUGGCUACCCUCUGACUCUCUCUGGAAGAACUGACAAAUGCACGAGCAGCUCCUGGCCUUCAGUAGGCCCUGCACGUACCCCUAUUGCCAAUGGAACCCACUUCACCAGGCAGGACAUGUUCAACUCCAUGGUAAACAUGCAGGACUUGGGGUAGGGUUUCUCCAAUCAGCAAACUAGAAAAUCUUAUCUGAUAACAUCACACUGUGAAGAUACCAGCGUGAAUAAUACAUUCUCUAUAGUUUUAGAAGUAAAAUCCCCCAGGAAAUGUGUGGAGAACAGAAGAAAACCCAAAAAUCGGGCCCUUAAAGGAAGAAAUGCAAAAAAGAAGAGAUCGGGGGAGAAGAAAUAAUAUCGCACCUGUAUCCAAACCCGUGAUUUCUCUCCAACCUCCAUGGACUGUCAUCUUCAAAGGAGAGGCAGUGACUCUGACUUGCCACAUAGCAGGGGACAAAAAAUGGUACCGGUGGUACCUUGGGACAAAAAUACUACGUGAAAUCCCAGCAAACACCCUCCAGGUCCAGGAUUCUGGAGAGUACAAAUGCGAGAUCCAGGGCUUGCCCCAAAGUGAUGGUGUGAGCUUGACUUUUUCACCAGCUAAGCUGAUCCUGCACGCUCCCCCUUCCGUGUUUGAAGGGGACCCUCUGACUCUGAUGUGCCGAGAAAAGCCAGAUUUAUCCCUGAAGACCAGGACCCUGUACAAGAAUGACAAUGAGCUGAUAGACCUUGGUAAAAACCCCAGCUUCCACAUCAAGCACGCAGGUCUGAAGGAUAAUGGAGAAUAUCGCUGUACUGGAUCUGAGACCCAUUGUUGCUCUUUUUCUUCAAACGCAGUCAGAAUCCAAGUCCAAGAGCUGUUUCCACGACCCAUACUGAGGGCCGACCCCCCCUCACCCACCCCCGGGGAACCAGUGAUCCUGACCUGUGAGACCCAGCUCCCCCCUCAGAAGUCAGAUGUCCAACUCUGGUUCCAGUUCUUCAGAGAUGACUGGUGCUUGGGGUCAGGCUGGAAGGGCUAUCUGAGAACCUCAGUACCCUCCAUCGUGGAGAAUGAAGACCCAUCGCAUUACUGGUGUGAGGCAAGCACAGUGCCUUCCAAUGUCAGCAAAAGCAGCCAGAAACUCCAGCUACCCGCGCGGGUCCCCGUGUCUCCUCCUGUCCUCACCCUCAGCCCUUCCAGCACCCAAGCUGUCGAAGGAGACUGGCUGACACUUUCUUGUGAAGCCAAGAGAGGCUCUUACCCGAUCCAGUACCAGUUCCUUCAUGAAGAAGUGGUUCUCUGGAAGAAGAAGGUCACUUUUAGGAAAACGGCGACCUUCCAACUCUAUCUGAAGGCAGAGCACUCCGGGACCUACUUCUGCACCGCAGACAACGGCCUGGGUAUCCGGCGCAGCCAGCCGGUGUCCCUCUCUGUCACCGUCCCCGUGUCUCGUCCUGUCCUCACCCUCAGCCCUCCGGGACCCCGAGCUGUUGAGGGAGACUGGCUGAUGCUUUCCUGUCGAGCCCAGAGAGGGUCGCCCCAAAUCCUGUACCAGUUUUAUCGCGGAGAUGUGCCCCUGGGGAGCAGCUCGGCCACCUCUGCAGGAGGGGCAUCCUUCAGUGUUACUCUGACUGCGGAGCACUCCGGGACCUACUUCUGCACGGCGGACAAUGGCUUUGGCCCCCGGCGCAGUGACCCCAAGGGCCUGUCUGUCACAGUCCCAGCGUCCCGCCCUGUCCUCACCCUCAGGGCGCCCAGGACCCGAGCCGUGGUGGGCGACACGGUGGAGUUUCGCUGUGAGGCCCAGAGGGGCUCUCCCCCGAUCCUGUACAAGUUUUACCUCGAGGACGUCAUCCUGGGGAGCAGCUCGGCCCCGUCUGGAGGAGGAGUGUCCUUCAACCUCUCUCUGACAGCAGAACAUUCUGGAAACUAUGCCUGUGAGGCCGACAACGGCCUGGGGGCCCAGCGCAGUGAGGAGACCUCACUCAGUGUCACAGUCCCAGUGUCCCACCCCAUACUCACCUUCAGGGCGCCCAGGGUCCAGGCCGUGGUGGGGGACGUGGUAGAGCUUCACUGUGAGGCCCAGAGCGGCUCUCCCCCGAUCCUGUACCGGUUUUACCACGAGGAUGUCACCCUGGGGAGCAACUCGGCCCCCUCUGGAGGAGGAGUGUCCUUCAACCUCUCUCUGACCGCAGAACAUUCUGGAAACUACUCCUGUGAGGCCGACAAUGGCCUGGGGGCCCAGCUUAGCAAGACGGUGACCCUCAGCGUCACAGUCCCAGCGUCCCGCCCUGUCCUCACCCUCAGGGCGCCAGGGACCCGGGCCACGGUGGGGGACAUGGUGGAGCUUCGCUGUGAGGCCCAGAGCGGCUCUCCCCCAAUCCUGUACCAGUUUUACCUCGAAGAUGUCAUCCUGGGGAGCAGCUCGGCCCCCUCUGGAGGAGGAGUGUCCUUCAACCUCUCUCUGACCGCAGAACAUUCUGGAAACUACUCCUGUGAGGCCGACAACGGCCUGGGGGCCCAGCGCAGCGAGGAGGUGUCACUCCGCGUCACAGGGCUGACAGGGAGCAGAAGUGGCCCUGUUGCCACAGGCGUGGCUGGGGGCCUGCUCAGCGUGGCGGGCCUCGUGGUCAUGGCUCUGCUGUUGUACUGCUGUCUCCCCAGGAGAGCAGGAGGAAGGCCAGCCUCUGACCCCUCCAGGAGCCUUUCGCACUCGGAGCCCCAAGAGCCCACCUACUACAAUGUUCCAGGCUGGAUGGAGUUGCAGCCGGUGUACGGCAAUGUCAACCCUAAAGCAGGAGACGUGGUGUACUCGGAAGUGCGGAUUCAGGAGGGGAACGGACAUGCAGCAGCUUCGAACUCUGCAUUCGGGCUCCUCCGGACCUACCUGCCCUCCCGUGGCCCGGCCACCAGCCAGCAGCCUUCCAGACCCCAGCACUCCUCGGUCAUCUACUCGCAGGUGAAGGUGGCAUCGCCCCCAGUCUCCACAGCUCUUCGAAGCUGAGUCCACACACCCUUCCCUGCACCCCAAGCCGUCCUGGGGUGGGGAUGUGCAAGUGGGAAGGUC